AUCUGUUAUCGGUAGCUUCUGCUUGCAACUUUUAGCUCUUGCUUAUCUCGUUGUUUGAAUUCCGCUUCGAAGGGUUUCAAUUUUUAUUAAGGUGUAGCUUAAACCGAAUCUCUAACGCGCAAUUCGUACAUGCCGCUUACUAUCUAGGCGCCACUCUAGUCAUUUUUCACCAAAAGUUGAUCUAUUAGCCGGCUUGCUAACUUCCCUCGCGUUGCGCCAUCAUGUCUGGCGGUCUCAUUCGAGGACCCGCGGGGAGUAACGACUGUCGGAUAUAUGUGGGAAAUCUCCCUCCCGACAUACGUUCAAAAGACGUGGAAGACUUAUUUUACAAGUACGGAAGUAUUCGUGAUAUAGAUCUGAAGAACCGAAGAGGAGGACCACCGUUUGCUUUCGUGCAGUUCGACGACCCGAGGGAUGCUGAAGAUGCUGUUUAUGGGCGUGAUGGAUAUGACUACGAUGGCUACCGUCUGCGUGUGGAGUUCCCUAGAAGUGGAAGAGGAGGUGGAGGUGGUGGUGGUGGUGCUGGAGGAGGAGGAGGAGGAGGAGGAGGAAUGGGACCCCCAAGGGGAAGGUACGGUCCCCCAUCCCGACGCUCGGAGAACAGGGUCGUUGUCUCAGGCCUUCCCCCCAGCGGGAGCUGGCAGGACCUGAAGGAUCACAUGCGGGAAGCAGGUGAUGUAUGUUAUGCUGAUGUGUUCCGUGAUGGCACUGGUGUGGUGGAGUUUGUACGCAAAGAAGACAUGACCUACGCCGUCCGUAAACUGGACAACACAAAGUUUCGCUCCCAUGAGGGUGAGACGGCUUACAUCCGUGUGAAGAUGGACGGUCCUCGGAGCCCCAGCUACGGUCGCUCUCGCUCUCGUAGCCGCAGUCGAAGCAGGAGCAAGAGUGGAUCACGCAGCUACUCCCCACGCCGCAAUAGAGGAUCUCCCCGAUAUUCUCCCCGGCGCUCUCGCUCCCGCUCCCGCUCCCAUUCCCGGUCUCGCUCCCGCUCUCGCACCUAGGCAAGCCUGACCUAAGAGCCAGAGUGGAAAUCUUCACAUUACUCAACGAAUCCUGUAUAUUCAUCAAGGAUCAUCUCGUGUGUCACCUAUGUAUGCUGUCAUGGUGUGUGCUCCCUUCCCUAACCGACACCAACCCACCUGCAGUUUUAUUUUCCAUUCUAAUUUUUGCAGACCAGUUGAGCGUGCACAUGACCGAGUUUUGCUCCAUUAUUUCUUCUCUUCUCUCAAAACGUGUUCUGCUUCUGCUGUGUCAUCUCUAAUUCAUCUGUGUACCUCUCUUCUCCUGAUUGUCCUGAGUUCAGAGGAACAGGAUAGGAUGGGAACAGAGGAAACAGUUCAUAUUAGGAUAAACAGGAGGAGGAGGAGUCAAAUGUGGCACCAAUGGUUUGGACUGGGCUCAUUGUCUCACCAUUCCGGAGCUGGAUCAGGAUUCAGGAUCAGAUUAGGAUUAGGCUUCAGGAUGGAUACAUGGAGCAGGAUCAUAGGAGCGUUUUUACCGGGAGAAGAUCCCGACCCCCUGACCCUGUCCACAUAAACCCAUCAAACCGGAACCAUUGUAGUGCGAUAUUCAGAAAAAAUUGGCUUUCGAAUUUUCCAAAAUUUCCCUUUUUGUGUGGGACCUCACAGACAGACUUACUGGCUACACAGUGACGCACCGUUUAUUUUUCUUUUUUAAAUAAUUAAAAAGAAGAGAAAAGCAUGGAUCAAAUCCAGGAGGAGGGCUGGGAGGUGCAGGAUGGAUCCACACGCGUAAGGAGUGGUAAAUAGUGGAAAACCGUUACCAGUGGAGGAGGGAGGGAGGGGUGAAGAGGGAAGUCUGGGAGGAGACAAGGGAUCGUAACUUUAAUGUGGUUUGUAUCUUUUUUUCUUUUGUUUUUUUUUUUUUGUUUUUUUCUUUUUGGUCCAGUGUUUUUUUUCUAGCGGUGACUGACUUCUGAUUUUCUUACACAUGAUCUCGAUUAUCUCAAAGCUUUAUUCUCUUUUAAUAAAACGUUCUACAACAUUA